CCCAGGAGGGGACAGCGACAGCCGGGAGCACGGCAGAGGGACGGACCCUCCCCCGCCGCCAACCCGCUUCCUCCUCCUCCUCCUCCUCCUCCCCCGCCUCCGCCUCCGCCUCCCGGCCGGGAAGAGCUCGCCGUGCCCGCAGCAGCCCCGCUGGAUGCACUGAGCGCUCAGGCGCGGGGAGAGAGGGGCAGGAGGGAGCCGGCAGCCCCGCCGCGGAGGCGCUGCGCUGCCCGGAGCCUCACGGCCAUUUGCUUUGAUUCUUUUAUUGCCCCCCGGCCGCCUCCCCCUCUCUGCCCGCGGGAGCCAGCCGAGGCGGCGGCGGCGGGGGCUGCAUCCCCCCCCCCUUUUUUUUUUUUUUUUUUUUUUUUAAUUUUUUUUUUUUUAAAUUUUCAUCGCCGCCAUGGGAUGUACCCUGAGCGCUGAGGAAAGAGCCGCCCUGGAGCGGAGCAAGGCCAUCGAGAAGAACCUGAAGGAGGACGGGAUCAGCGCGGCCAAAGACGUGAAACUCCUCCUGCUCGGAGCCGGGGAGUCGGGCAAAAGCACCAUCGUGAAGCAGAUGAAGAUCAUCCAUGAGGAUGGCUUCUCUGGAGAAGACGUGAAGCAGUACAAGCCAGUGGUCUACAGCAACACUAUCCAGUCCCUGGCAGCCAUUGUCCGUGCCAUGGACACCUUGGGCAUCGAGUACGGUGACAAGGAACGACGGGCUGAUGCCAAGAUGGUCUGCGAUGUCGUAAGUCGGAUGGAGGACACAGAGCCCUUCUCUCCAGAGCUGCUGUCAGCUAUGAUGAGACUCUGGGCAGACUCUGGGAUCCAGGAGUGCUUCAACCGGUCCCGGGAAUAUCAGCUCAACGACUCAGCUCAGUACUACCUAGACAGCUUAGAUCGAAUCGGAGCUGCAGACUACCAGCCCACGGAGCAGGACAUCCUCCGGACCAGGGUCAAGACAACUGGCAUCGUAGAAACCCAUUUCACAUUCAAAAACCUCCACUUCAGGCUCUUCGACGUGGGGGGCCAGCGGUCAGAGCGCAAGAAGUGGAUCCACUGCUUCGAGGAUGUCACAGCCAUCAUUUUCUGCGUUGCGCUGAGCGGCUACGACCAGGUGCUCCACGAAGAUGAAACCACGAACCGCAUGCACGAAUCUCUGAAGCUUUUUGACAGCAUCUGCAACAACAAAUGGUUCACAGAUACAUCUAUCAUCCUCUUUUUAAACAAGAAGGACAUAUUUGAGGAGAAAAUUAAGAAAUCUCCACUGGCUAUCUGCUUUCCUGAGUAUACAGGCCCCAACGCGUUCACGGAGGCCGUGGCCUACAUCCAGACCCAGUAUGAGAGCAAGAACAAGUCCCCCAACAAGGAGAUCUACACCCACAUCACCUGCGCCACCGACACCAACAACAUCCAGUUCGUCUUCGACGCCGUCACGGAUGUCAUCAUCGCCAACAACCUGCGGGGCUGUGGACUCUACUAACGCCUCUGCUCCCCGCCUGCCCGGCCCUGCCGGGAGCACCCUCCGGUCCCGCGGACAGGUCCUCUCUUUCCUUGUUUUUUCCUCCUCAGAACACGACGAGGAAGAAAUCCGUAAAUCCCCCCCCUCCCAUCCCAGAAAACUCUGCAGCAAGUUCUGCUUCCCCCAGCCCUGUUUCACUUCCUUUGGUUCAUUUUUGGUUCGUUCCCUCGCUGCCUCGUCCCCUCCUCCGUUCCAGGUCACAGCGCUGCGCAGGGAGCUAACGCGCUUCCCACAAAGUGCCCUUCAACUGCCAAAAGACAAAAAUACUUCACUUUUAAAAAGAGGGGGAAAAAAAAUCAAAGCCUUAAAAUACUGGUCAGGAACAGUGUAGUUUGGAACCAAAACUUUUUUUUUUCUUUUUUUUUUUUUUGCCUUGAAAUUAAGGGAUAUUGUUUAUUCUCCUGGUUGUCUUUUUUGUUAAAGCGCUAUUCCUUUGGGAAGUGCUGGAUACAACCUGAUCGUUUUGAGGGUACCUUAUGGCUCCAGUUCUGACCCCAAAGCCAGAGGGGUCAGUGUUGAAUGCAGCUGCCAUAGCUUGGAUUUGUAUAGCCUCCUUUUUUCCAGACAGCUAUCUGAACAACUAAAACAGCCAUAUGGAGUUCUGCUGGUGUCUGAGUAACAGGGACACAGUAACAAAACCUACUAAGCCUUGUCUAAAAGCAUUCAUUACUGGUAGCAGUUUUACCUCAAGUUCUUCAGGAUUAAUAUUAAAACAUAUCUAGAGGUUGCAGUAACCCAUUUCUGAGGCACUUUGCUGGAGGCCACAGAGCCACUGGGCUGGGACCCCUGGGGGCUGGCAGUGAGGAUCCCACCCUGGGGGCAUCCGAGGAAGCUGGCCUGGGUGCCUGGUGGCCUUUCCCAAAGCACCUCCCAGCCUAAGUGAUUGAUUUCAGCACAAGCAGCGCUCCUGCAAACAGCAUCUCCUUCCAAACUUCAGCCCUGACAUGCUGGAGUGCACCAAAAAUCUUUAGUCUUGGUUUCUUGCAGGCAGAGUUUGACCUUCGAGUACCCGAGAUGUGAGGAGGUGCUUUGGGAAACCUCCCCGUGGCUCUUCAUCAGCCCUCAGGCAUCUGAACACCCUUGAGAAGCCCAGCCUUGUGCUCUGGGCCUCCUGGGCUCCAGGCAGGCAUCUCUUCCCCAGUGUCUGAAGAGAGAAGGAUGUUCCAUACUGGCCAGGUAGUGGCAAUGAGGGCACAGGGAGCUGAUUUGAGCCAAGUGAUGCAGUAGAAAGGAAAAGUGCAAGGAAAGGAGGAAGGAAGGGCAGGGGGAGAGGUGUGGAAAGGACAAGGGUAGUGCCCAGCACAGCAAAAGCAGGGGCUGAGAGGGGAGGAGAAAUGCAGGUGGGCUGAGUUACACGUGGCCACCCCCUUGCCAUCACCAAGAGUCCUGGGUGUCCUUAGGUCGAAGGUGGAGGGGAAGGUGAGAGGUGGGUGUCACCUCUGGGGUCCCACCCAGGGCCCACCUCACCUGGGGGCAGGUAGGCAGUGCUGAUCCCUGCCUCUUCUCUGCCUCCCUUAAAAUUCCAUCAUCUUGGACAACAUGAGUUCUUUCCAGGCCGGCCACAAGUUCAGCUGUCCUCUCUUGGCAGCCUGAUCUAGGGGUGGCUUUCAGGUCUCAGGAGCUCUGAGUUCUCUCCAGGGCCACUCCUGAGAGGGACAGUCCCUCUUCUCUUGCUGUGCCCGUUCAGGAGAGACGGUGUGAGCAGCCCAGAGCAGCACAGCCCAAAGAGCAGGGCCAGGUGAGCACCAGUGUGCAGGAGGCAGGGACAGGAGCAGGUGUGGUGGCACAGGAGGGAGAGGAGCAGUGGGAGAGGUUUAGGGAACGGUUUGGGAGAGAAGGUGCAGAAGGGAGAGGAGACAGACAGAGAGAGGCAGCAGGGGGGCGGGAGCAGAGUCCCCACCAGUCUGUGCUCUGCCAGGACAGUGCUCCUGGACACCCAUGACAAACCCCAGCCAGGAGCGUGAGCAGGAGCACCCCAGAGCAAGCAGGGGAGGAAAGCAGGGUGGUGUCACCCAUCCAACCAGCUCACAGCCCAGCAUGGCUGGGAACUGUCAGUAACCCCCUAAACACCAUUACACGAUGCAACUGCAUCUACUAUUGUGCCCCAGGACCCACUGCUGCUCUGCUGGGCACUAACAGCAAUAACCCCAGGGCUCUGCCUCCCCUGCUCUGGCACAAGUGCCACCUUUCUCUUCACCAUCCCAGAAUGCCUCUGGUGACACCAGCCAGCCAAGCCAGGAGCCUUCUCUGCUCCUCAGGCCCACCCACACUCUUUGUUUCCCCAGCUCCCAGCCCCAUUUGCUGCCAGCACGCUCUGCUGUAAAGCUGUGAACCAAAGGAAAGGUCUGCACGUGUCUCUUUGGUUUAGCUUAGGAUUGCAGGAGUUGGUGGAAAGGUUUUUCAAAGAAAGGAUUCCCAGUGGGAAGCACCUGCCCAGUUCCUGGUUCCUUGGAAGGGACCAGACGAUGGCAGGGGGGUGGUGCUUGUGUUGCAGGAGGGGCAGGGAAUUAGCUGGAGGGAUGUGGAGGGACUGGGAUGGUGCUGGAGCUUGUCCCAUGUGGGGGCUGUGCCCCACCAGUAGCCCCCAGCAUUCACAUGUGCAUUAAGUGUCAAAGCAAGGGCUGAAAAGCCUCCUGUUAGUUAUGUUUGGUACAUAAAGUGUGUGUAACCACUGGACCCAGUGCAGGGCCAGCCCUCUGAGUGCUGAUGGCUGGCACUGGCAGGGAGACAGGUCUGUCAGAAGAGUUUGAUCAGCAGUGCUAGUUAUGGAGAUUUUCUGUUCCCACCCCUUGCUGUGGAUGACAUUUUAUCCAAGUAAAUAAAUGACAGAAGUUGUUCCCAGGGAAGGCAGCACCACGCCAAGGCUUUGUGAGCUCCCAGCUUAAAGCACACAGGAAUAUUUUGGUAAAGACAAUGGAAAUUAGCUCAGCUCCAGACUCUGCCAAAUGCAGCCAAGUGGCCGGUUCUGGCUCACCGUGCUCUGGCUGCUCUCCAGGCUGGAUUCAGGUGACCCAUGCUGGGAGAGGACCUGGCUGGGAGGUCCAAACCCCCCCUGCAGCUUCAGCGGGCUCCCAGCACGUUGGUGACAACCAACAGCUGGUGCUCCAUGAGGAGAAAUGAGAGAAAAAGCAGAGGAAAUGUUGCCACACAGAGCCUCUUCUUUCAUUUUCUUUGUCAUGUGGUGUGUCCAAAGCCUCAUCUCAGCUGCUGCUGCUGACGUUCUGCCCCUCACACGAGCGUCAGGAGGAUUCACUGACAAAUGCUGGAAACAGCAUUUGGAAGAUGAAAUGCUUCCAGUGUUAAACACUACUGUUUCUCCCACUUGAUGGCUGUGUAUAGAUUUUUGUCUGCAGAACGCCUGCCAAAUCAUUACUCACUGCUGGCUCCUGCAUCCUCCGGAGCCUCUCGUGGCAGAUGUGCCUUCCGCAGGCGAUCUCUCGCCCCGUGCUUUUCCUGAACACCAGCACUUCUUGCAGCACUUGCCUAGAAAGACCUUGAAAUGCAUUGCCUGCCUUCAAAAGCCUCUUCUUAACAGCCCCCUGUGCUGUGCAACUGCCAUGCUCCAAAUCCAGACCCUUGGAGACCCCGAGCUGUGUUUGAUUUGCAGCCUCCACGUAGCAGGGAUGCUGCAACCGGUACAGCUGCAUCAGAAACUGUACCAGGGCAUGGGGGAUAGAUUUUAAAAGCACACAGUUGAAACAGCUAGGUAGACACCCUCCUGCCCUUCAAAACUAACGUGGGAGUUUGCAAAAAGAAGCUCUUCUGGGGAUGCAGGAGGUUUUUCAUGGCUCAGGUCACUUGUCCAGCAGCAGCAUCGGAGGGGUGUCAGCACUGAAAGCAGCAUUAGCAACUUAUGGUGAGCUUCAGACAGUAGCCAAAGGAAAGAAGGAAGCCCCUCUCCAGCUUGGUUCAUAGCCAAUGAGGGUGUGGAGCCGUGAGAGCACAAAAAUGCAAAUAGCCCCUUUACUUAAACAACAAUGUCAAUGAAAUAGAGAAACCCGUAGGAGGAAGCCUUGCAGGGCCGAGCUGCAGAGCGCUGUGCUCCUCGGAGGACGCAGCAGCUGGGCUGGUUAGAACUAGCAAUAACCUGGCACUGGGAAAGCACACGCUGAACACAGCCCGGGGUGCCCAGGGCAGUGUUAAUGCAGCACCAGAGCCCUCACCCCUGGCUGUGACCCGGCCCCGAGCGCUCCGAGGGCCAUCGGGCUCCACCUGCCAUCGCCCAGCAUCCCUGCAGCCCCGGCCCUCCCAACAAACACCUCCCACUCCAUCCCUCUCGGGAGCUUCCUAUCGGAAUUAGCUGCUUGCCUUCCGCCAGCUUUCCUGGCUGGCCAGCCAGCCUGUCCUCCACGGGACAAAGCACCCUCAGGAGGAGCCUCCUUCAUAGAUGGGAUUUUGUUUUACAGGACACUAAAAGUAUUAAUGAGGGCAGUCCAUUAAGGUGUGUCUGGAGGGUUUAAUCCAUCAUGGCAUGAGCCCUGUGCUGGCCUGCAAGGGAACAGACCUUGUUCUCAGGCCAGGAGAGCAAAACCUCCAGGAGGUCAGGGUGGGACACAGCAGAUGUCCUUGUGCCAGAAGGUCCCCACGUGCCCAGCUGCUGCUGUGCAAAGCAUCAGGCAGCCCCUCACUGCUGGGCUCAGCAAGGCAGACAUCACCCAGGAGGGAUUGUGCAGGCAAGGCUGGGAGAGGGACCAACCUGCACUGUUAGGCUGUGGCCAGAAUGUCUCCUGGAGCCAGGGAGAGUUGCUGGGUUCCUGGGAGCAAGGCUGACUGUCUGUCAAGUCAGUUAGAGAAGCUUAGUGCUAAUGUGCUCGAGUGUUUGUCGUGGGCCAGGUUUGUCUUAAGCCUUGCCACCAAAAACUCCACAACUGUUUCCAUUUGGGAGACCAAAACACUCAUUUAGUGAUCUGACACUGGGAGCAUCGAGGUCAGCAGAGAUGGUGCUACUGAGCAUCACCCUAAAGCCCCCAGAGCCGUCACCCACCUGCAUCCCCCAGGCACACACAAGAAAGCAGAGACAUGGCACAAAAUCACAGACCGUGGUCUUGCCUCCUCCUCCCCAGGGCAGGCAAAUCCACUCCUGAGGCUCCCCAGGCCUCGAGGGUUCUGUGUCAUUUCUGAGCUCCAGCACUGACACAAGGUAAUUGAUGCUGACAGAUAGAGGUACAUGACCUGUAUAAAGAACUAUGCUGAGAACGUGGCUAUGGAAAGGGACCUUUCACAGGACCACUCGUGCCCCAGCCAGAGCCUGUGAGAUCUUUGCUUGUGUGCAGAGACCAGGAAGUGAACACAAGUGCAACCCUUAAACACCAACGCCUUACUGAGAGGAGGAGCAGGAGCAAAGCUGGCACCCUGCAGGCAGAGGGAGCUGGACUGAAGAAACCUCUCCAUCUCCCAGAGAGGGCAGCUCUGUUCUGCAAGGACACCAGGUGCAGUAGACACAGGGAGGAGAGACCUGGAGAAGAGGCAGAGGGCUGGGAGUUGACCGGACACCCCAGGCCCUCUCCUAGCCACUGCCAUGGAAAUUAAUGUUGAGAGCAAAUCCUGACUGCCCUGUAGUGCAGGCAAGCAGCUCCAGAGCUAAACCCCCUGCUCCAGGUGGGGAGAGGAGAUUCACAGCAGGUAAAACACCCUUUUCAGCAGUGCCUGAGUCUCACCAGCUUUUCCAGUGCUGGAGCAACCCAGUGGCACCGGGCAAGCAACUAGGGUUGUUAAACACCAGCCACUGCCCCGUGAAAGUGCCCAGUCCCUCAUUUGCAAUCCUCAGCCCCAUUCCCCCACCUCCCUUUUCCCCCUUCAGCUCAACAAGGGAACAGUGACCAUCACUCUGCCUCUGGGCUCCCCUCCGUGCCCGAAGGAUCUCUGGAGGCCACCACGCUUUUCCUUUUGCUGAUCUCCCACUGAAUCAUUUUCCUGCAUGUUUGAUGGCCCAAACUGUAUUAACUGUAAUUUUGUAUGAAGAGUGACUGUCCAUUGGUUUAAUAGAGCAUUAGUUACUGUAAUAAUUUAUUGGCUGUCGGUAAUGUAUUUAUUAGUUACAAAAUGUUAAUAAAGUGCCAGCUCUUUUCUA